CCGAAACAGUUCGUAACCCGUUUGCUGCUGAGAAGCAGCGAGUAAGUCAUCUGUGAGACCAUUUGAAACGUUUGCUGACGAGCUUUCAUCGAUAACAGACUUCUAGACCUUAGAUGCUGCAGAUUAAACAGAAUAUUACGCAGGAUGGAUUCCAGUGGGAAGCCUUCAACGGCACAAGUGGUGGUGUUAGCCACCAGCUCUGCCCUGACUGCAGUCUUUUACUCAAUCUACAAGAGGAGGGCUACAACAGUUGCCAGAUUAAAGGAAGCCAAGAAGGUAUCUAUUGACCAGGAUUUGAAAAAUGUGCUGUCUGAGACCCCUGGAAAAUGUGUCCAGUAUGCUGUAAUAGAAGGUGUUGUGAAGGCUGUUAAGGAAACGCUGAACAGCCAGUUUGUUGAAAAUUGCAAAGGUGUCAUUGAAAGACUGACGCUGAAGGAGAAGAAGAUGGUGUGGAAUCGUACGACGCACCUCUGGAACGACACAGAGAAAGUCAUUCACCAGCGCACCAACAUAGUUCCAUUCAACCUUGCAUCCAGUGAUGAAGCGAUUACAGCUACAGUUAGGAUCAUACGGCCACUAGACUCUGCAGACUUGGACCUGGAGACUACUUAUGAGGACUUCCAUCCAACAGUCCAAUCCUUUUCCAAUGUUAUUGGGCAUUUCAUCAGUGGGGAGCGACCCAAGGGCAUCCAAGAGACUGAGGAGAUGUUGCGUUUGGGGGAGAGCGUCACGGGAGUAGGAGAGCUGGUGUUGGACAACACAAUGGUCAAGCUUCAACCUCCAAAGCAAAACUUCCAGUACUUUCUCAGUCGGCUGGACUAUGAGUCUCUGCUGCGGAAGCAGGAAAAUGGCGUUAGGAUAUGGAGGGUCCUUACUGUGGCCUUGGGUGUAGCUGCCUGCUCCACGCUGCUGUUCAUCUUGUGGAAAUGGUACCUGCACUUCAGACAGAGGAGGAAGGAGAAGAGCAUCCUGGAGGAGUUCAAGGAACAGCAGAGGAAACGAAUGCGUGAACUCAAUGUUGAGGAAAGCAGCAUUUCUCCUAGCGCCUGCACUGUCUGCCUGAGCCGGGAACGGUCUUGUGUUUUUCUUGAGUGUGGACACGUGUGUGCCUGUGCUCAGUGCUAUCAGGCCUUGCCAGAGCCAAAGAAGUGCCCCAUCUGCAGGGCAAAUAUAGACAGAGUGGUGCCUCUCUACAACAGCUAAUGUAAACACUGAUGGACUUGCGGCAAUCUUGGAAUAUAUGUAUAUCACAUCUUGGAACACUUCUA